CUUUUUCCGCAUCGGCCAUUCGGCAAUGCCAAGCAUCGUAACUUCGCAACUUUCUUUGACCUUCUAGCCCACCAAUGUUCCUGCAGUCUUGAUUGGGGCGUCUGUCACCACCACCAAACAUGGCUCACAACACCGCGUUACGGACGUUUCGAUCCCUUACAAAUACAAUUGCUACAUCAUGCCGACAUGCGCAAUCGCUGCGACCCUUCACCCACAGUACACGAGCCCUCAAUGCAGCGCCGACCGACCGCAAUAAACCAGACCAGUCAAUGGACUCAUUGCUCUCAAACGUAUCCCAAAAUUUUUACCAAGCGGGGCAAGAUCAAUUCUCGACCCUCAUCCCAAACGCAGACGGCUUUCCCAGAGUCGGCAACCUAGUCCAGCGCGAAUGGGAAGAAGACGACAAGCACAAACUACACGUCUACGCAACCAAACAUAACACACAUUUGUGCCUUACCAGACCCAAUCGCGAUCCAUUGAUAUCGGUAUCAUGUGGUAACAUUGGGUUCAGGAAAGCGGGGAGAGGCUCGUAUGACGCUGCCUAUCAGUUGGCUGCAUUCUUGAUGAACAGAAUCCAGGACAAGGGCUUGUUGCCACAAAUCAAGAAAUUAGAGUUGGUGUACAGAGGGUUUGGCCCAGGAAGAGAGGCCGUCACAAAGGCGAUAUUGGGCGCCGAGGGAAAGAAGAUACGGCCGUUGAUUGUCAAACUGGCAGACUCGACGAGGUUGAAGUUUGGCGGCGUGAGAAGUAAGAAGCCAAGGAGAUUGGGUUAGAGACUCUGGCUGGUAUGGUCAGGCAACAUGAAAAGAAAGACGGAAACUGUACGAUGAGAUGUUGGACCUGGAAAGCGUUCAUGAA